AUGUCCAGCCGUCGCUGGGAGCAGAGCAGCCUCCCUCGCACGUGCUUGCCCUCCUCCUUCCCCGUCGACUCGUUCCGACCACGCCCGCGUCUCGUCUCGUCUCACUCCCCCGUCACUCCCGCUCGCCUCGUCGACCUCCGCCGCCGUCGUCGCCGCCGCCGCCGAUGCCUCGUAAGGCCUCGUCGACCUCAGAUUCGCGCCUCAAAUGGCGCAAGCGGAAGCGCAACCCCGACGCGUCCCCGUCCAAGCCCUCCACCUCGGCCGCCGCGGCGGCGGCCGCCGGCCACUCCUCCGACUCCGACUCCGCCGACGAGGACGCCGCCGCCGUCCACGGCGCGGCGGGGGACAGGGACGGGGCAGCCGGCGACGACGACGAGCCCCCCCGCGGCGUCCGAGGACCCCGCCGCGCUCGGCCUCCACGAGGCGGAGGUGCUGCCCUCGGCCGAGCCCAUCUCUGCGUUCCCCGCCGCCAAGCGCCGCGUGGUCAACCGGCCGCAUCCGUCCGUCCUCGCGCUGCUCGAGGCCGAGCGAUCCGCUUGUUCCGGCGAUGUCCUGGCCGUGGCACCGCCGGCGCUAGAGAACAUCUCGCACGGGCAGCUGCAGGUGCUGUCCGGGGUGCUUCCGGACCACCCAUCCCUUGCGACAGACCCCGACAAGCCGUCCUUGUAUGUGUGCACGCCGCCUCCCCUCAUGGAGGGGCAUGGAGUGCCCAAGCAGUUCCAGGGUCGCCUCCAUGUCGUGCCCAAGCACUCAGAUUGGUUCUCCCCGGGGACAGUUCAUAGGCUGGAAAGGCAGGUAGUGCCACACUUCUUUACAGGCAAGUCUCCAGGGCACACUCCGGAGAAGUAUGUCAUGUUAAGGAAUAGAGUCAUUGCUAAAUACUUAGAGAACCCAAGCAAGAGGCUUGCUUUUGCUGAGUGCCAGGGGCUUGUUGGGAGCACAGCUGAACUGUAUGAUCUGAGUAGGAUUGUUAGGUUCUUGGACACUUGGGGCAUCAUCAAUUACCUUGCGGCUGGGUCUGUGCACCGUGGCCUGAGGAUGGCAACUUCGCUUCUAAGAGAGGAACCUACAGGGGAACUGCAGCUGCUUACAGCGCCGUUGAAAUCAAUCGAUGGUCUAAUUUUGUUUGACCGGCCAAAAUGUAGCCUCCCAGCGGAGGACAUUUCUUCGAUGGCCCCGUCUUCGUCGAACUCGGAGGCUGUGGAUUUUGAUGCUGCAUUUGCUGACUUGGAUGCAAAGAUCAGGGAGCGUUUGUCUGAGAGCUCUUGCAGUUAUUGCUUACAGCCUUUGCCAAGUUUACAUUACCGGUCACAAAAGGAGGCAGAUAUUUUUCUAUGUUCUGUUUGCUUCCAUGAUGCGAGAUAUAUUAUUGGGCAUUCUAGCUUAGAUUUCCAGAGAGUCGAUGGGGAUAAUGAUGGAUCAGAAAAUGAUAGUGAUAAAUGGACUGAUGAAGAAACAUUGUUGCUGUUGGAAGGCAUUGAGAAGUACAAUGACAACUGGGAUGACAUUGCAGGUCAUGUUGGAACAAAAUCAAAGGCACAAUGUAUUUACCAUUUUAUUCGGUUGCCAGUGGAAAAUGGUUUGUUAGAGAAUGUUGAGAUACCUAAUGCACCCAUUCCAUUUCGACCACAAAGCAAUGGUUAUCAACAUUCAGAUUCCAAUGGCAGCACUUCAGGAGCUCCAGUUCAAAAUAUUCAACAAGGAAAUCAGCUUCCAUUCAUUAAUUCUUCUAAUCCGGUCAUGUCACUGGUUGCAUUUUUGGCCUCUUCAAUUGGACCAAGAGUUGCAGCAUCAUGCGCACAUGCAGCAUUAUCUUUUUUGACUAGAGAUGAUGAUUCCAGGGUGAGUUCAGAAGGCAUGCAUGCUGAUGGUAUGGGCAAUGGUACAAAUCCAAAUUUUCGGAACCACAAUGGUGCUUCACCAUCCAUUUCUCCAGAAAAUGUGAAACAUGCUGCCAUGUUUGGUCUGUCAGCAGCAGCAAUGAAGUCUAAGCUUUUUGCCGAUCAAGAGGAACGUGAAGUUCAAAGACUAGCUGCUACUGUAAUAAAUCAUCAGUUAAAGAGAUUGGAGUUGAAGCUGAAGCAGUUUGCGGAAGUUGAGACCUUGCUCUUGAAGGAAUGUGAGCAAGUAGAAAGGGUUAGACAGAGGAUUUCAGCUGAACGAGUCAGGAUGAGGUCAGCCCUAUUAGGUCCCACCGGAAGCGGUCUACCAGGGGGCAGUAGCACCAUGCCAUCAAAUCCAGCAGGCAUGAGCCCCAGACCAGUCGGUGUGCCAGGCUCCAUGCUACAGACCAGCAUGCCAGCCACAUAUGCCAACAACAUGCAGGGGCAUGGGCAUCCUCAGAUGCCUCAGAUGCUGUUCCUACACCAGCGACCGCAGAUGCUCUCGUUCGGCCCUAACCACCAUCAGUUCAACUCUGGCAUCCAGACUCAACCAUCACCACAGGCAUCAAAAAUCAUGUUCAACUCUGGCAUGCCCAAUUCGAUCGCUCCUAACCACCAUCAGUUGCUGAGAUCGUCUUCUGGAAACAAUUCUAGUGCAGGAUAG